AUGUUACAUCUAAGUAUUUUGGUUGGAUUGUUUAUUUUGUAUGGAACUGUCUUGUCAGAGCAUGUAAUAUCUCAUUUCAACGGCGGAUUUCAACAUUAUGUUUCACCCGAGACUAAUCAUGCUUCACGAAUCCGAAGAUUUGGUUUCACACAACUAAAUGAGCUACGUCAACAUUUUUGUCACUCGUUUUGCAAAUCUGCAGAUACCAUGCCAUAUUUAUUAAAUCUUCUAUGUGCUGCGAAAUGUCCUGAAUUGUAUUUACCACAUCAUACAACGCAAAGUACAACAGCGGAAAGUAUAUCUACACCAAUAGGAACUACGUCAUCGAACUUAGUGACUCUGUCAGGAAUGACGGGCCAAUCCGGGCCAGCUUCGAACACAAUACCCCCGUCCGGAUCGAGUACAAGUGGAACGUCUCAGAGCGGAGCAAGUUCGAGUACAAUACCCUCGUCCGGAUCGAGUACAAGUGGAACGUCUCAAACCGAAACAAGUUCGAGUACAACAACUGUUACAAAUGGAAUGCCUUAGAACGGAACAAGUUCGAACACAGGACUCCUAUCCGGACCAGAUACAGGUAGAACGUCUCAAUUCGGAGCAGGACCGAACCCAGAAUCCACAUAAAAGGCUUAAGAGCCCGCAUAAAUAAAAAGUAAAUUAUAUCAGAA